AUGGCUUCAUCAAACAGGCACUGGCCGAGCUUGUUCAAGUCCAAACCUUCCUGCACUUCUUCCCACCUUCAAUGGCAGCAUGACAUCAACCACUCCUCUCUCUUAUCAGCUCACUGCCAGAAGCCUAACUCCUAUGCCUCAGGAUCCGAAGAAAGAACACCAGAACCAAAACCUCGCUGGAAUCCAAAACCCGAACAGAUUAGGAUUCUAGAAUCCAUUUUCAACUCUGGUAUGGUAAAUCCUCCACGUGACGAAAUACGCCGCAUCCGUUCUCAGCUCCAGAUCUACGGUCAAGUCGGCGACGCAAACGUCUUCUAUUGGUUUCAAAACCGCAAAUCUCGUAGCAAGCACAAACAACGCCAUCUAAAGUCAACUGCCGCCGCAGCUAAGUCAACGGCUCUGCCCCCGCCGCCGUUGACUUCCGUUACCUCAUCAUCGACUUCGUCUUCCUCCUCUUCCGGCUCUAACAAUAAGCAGAUUACUAUUCCGACUCUAAGCUCCUUCUUCGAUCAGAAUCUCUUCCAAGCUCCAAUCUUGAUGCCUGAACUCAGCUUAGAAUCUUCUGUUCUUCUUCCGACGAGUCAGCCAAGCUACCAACUUUCCUCCGGCGAACUCGCCGGAGGAUCGCCGGCAGUUUGGGGAGAUAUUAUAUUGCAAGAAAUUAUGCCGGGCAAGAAUAUUGGCUCUGUUAGUACUGAUUCGGCUUCAAUUGCCUGUGUCGUUUCAGCGAAUAUGACAACUGCGAUGGCUACAGCUACAGCGAGUACUGUGAAUGAGAUACAAGUUGCAAAGUCAACUGUUUUUAUUAAUGACGUGGCAUACGAGGUGAUCGCCGGACCUCUCAACAUAAGGGAGGCUUUCGGCGAUGAAGCUGUCCUCCUCCACUCCUCCGGCCAUCCCGUUUUAACUGAUGAGUGGGGCCUUACCCUCCAACCUCUUCAGCAUGGAGCAUCCUAUUAUUUGGUUAAUUCUCUCUUUAUAUAUUUCUCACAUAUAUUUAUUUAUUUGUAUUAG